AUGUUUCCAAAUCACUGCCGCUGUUGCUUUACAAAAACUGGAAUUUUACUGUCUUUAACAUCCAAAUCCUCUCACAUGGAUGGUAAAACUUUAUUGGACUAUUUUAAUGUAGUUUUUUGUUCAUUUAAACCAGAACAUGAUACAUCAACAUAUAUUUGCCUAAGGUGCAGCAAAGCAUUGCAAGUGGCCUAUCAUUUUAUCAGUAUGGUCGAAGAAUCUAGAAAAACUGAUGCAAGUGUUAAGGAGGAGUCAAAAUGUUUGGGGAAUCCAUUGAGUAAAGUAAUGGAAAAUAUGUUGCAAGAAGGAGAGAGUUCUCAAUUGAAACUUCAAAUGAACAAAAGUGUCCUGCCGGCAAAACAAUUUGUACCAUUAAAAUUACCCAAAAGUUUUAAAAUAUUAUUGCCGGAUUCAAAUAAAGAUGCUGGAACAUCAAUACUGGACAAUCAAUUAAACAACGAUUUCAAGUGUAUUAUUUGCAAUAAAUUCUUUGUGGACAAGAAAGGAUUUUUUGAACACAAUAGGCUAAAACAUAAAGAAAUUGUUCCCUUUAAAUGUAAGCUGUGUAACUUUUACACCUGCUAUACGGAAAGUCUUUUCAAACAUUAUAAAAAGGCUCAUGGUCUAGAUAAUGUGAAACUUAACUUGUAUCAAACUAAACAGGUUAAGGAAAAAAAUAAAUUAUUAUAUAUUUUUCUAGAAAUAACUUAUAUAUGUCUGCAGUGUGACUUUAAAAGUUCUAGCCAAAGCCAUAUAGAUGAUCAUUUAUUAAAUAUACAUUUCAUAGACGAAGAUAAGGAUUUGUUUAUAAACAAUUUUUUCAAUUGCCCCUCUUGUCAUCGUUCAUUUAAUGAUCUUAAAUCGGCCAAAAUCCAUUAUAGCAUGUAUCAUAAUUGUUCCUAUAAAAGAAGCAACAGAUGUGCCAAUAAAAAAUAUGCUUGCGAAAAAUGUGGUAAAUUAUUUGAUUUAAAAUCUGGCUUAUUUUUGCAUAGACGUGUGUGUGAAACACGCAAUGAGGUUAAUUGUAACUUUUGUAAAUUAAAAUUUACCUCGGUCUUAAAAUAUGAAGAGCAUUUGCAGGCCAAACAUUUGGUGGCUAUUAAACAUGAAUGUGAAAUAUGUAGUAAAACAUUUAGUUGCUCCGAGUAUUUGACGGUUCACCGCAAACGCCACAAUGAGCGUUAUUACCAGUGUGAUUUGUGUCCCAAAAAUUAUAUUAGUAACGCUGAAUUAAAAGUGCACAAACAACGUAUACAUGCCAACAAAUAUUCCCAAAUGGCUCUCUUAAGAAGUCAUGAAAAUAAGAAGCUUACAAAACGUUGUUUUAAAUGUGCCUUUUGUGAGUUUAUGUCCUAUUCAAGUUUCUCUGUUAAAGUUCAUCAAUAUAAUCACACCGGCAAGCCUUAUAAAUGCCCACUGUGUCCCAAAGAAUUUGCCUUUCGCAAUGAUCUGAGACAGCACUGCGAAAGACAUCAUUCCCUUAGUAUAACCAAUGAUGAAAUGGCAAAAAUGUUUAAGCAAUCGAAUGGUUACAUCAGUCGUUUUGAUGCCUUUUCCAAACAGAAUAACAGCCUGGAGAUAACAGAAAUUAAUGAUUUGGAACUGGAAGGAGAACUAGAGGAAUUUGGUUUGACUCUGCAAGAUAUUAUGCAUGAUCUGUUUGACGAUGAAAAUAAUAAUAAAUUACCUUGA